CAUUUAUCAACUCCCGGUGGUCUUAGAAUAUGCAAUAUAAAAUGUGUAUGUAUUUAUUUAUUUUAAUUAAAAUCGCCCUUAGGUCUGUGCUUUGUUUUGGAAGCGAUGAUUCGGAUCGGAUGUGAAGAACUGAACGGAUGCUCCAAUGCCGUCACUUGUGAGCAAACAUGUCAUUCCUUUUAUGCGCUCUGUUUACACUUUGACCGUACUGAAGAGAAGCCGCGUUGCCGAGGGACUUGCUAUGUCACUUUCAACCAUCAUGAAGUAAGAAUAACUGACGACGUUGUGGGCCCCCUUCAGUCGGCUUAGCUGGCCGGUAGAGCCAGGAAGUAUCCUGGACCCGAGACUGUUAGAGCCCCAACCGCGCUUCGCCCCACUGCAAACGAUUUGUUCAGGAUCUGAUGCGCCACAAUCAUGGAUCACAAGGACUCUGUCAGCAUCCGAGUGUUCUCUCUCAACUGCUGGGGGGUGCGUUACCUGAGCAAGCACUGCUCUCAGCGGUACGCCAUGAUCGGAGACAUGCUGCUCCAAGAAGAGCACGACGUGGUCCUCCUCCAAGAAGUUUGGAGCGAAAAAGACUACCUGUUCCUGAGAAAGAAAUUGGCCAGUAGCCACGUUCACGCACAUUACUUUAAGAGCGGGGUUAUUGGCAGUGGUUUGGCUAUUUUCUCCAAGCACAGAAUCCAAGACACGCUUCUUUACCGCUACUCGCUCAAUGGGUACCCAUAUAUGGCUCACCACGGGGACUGGUUUGGAGGCAAAGCUGUGGGGCUGGCCAUCCUGAACAUCGGCACGCUGACCGCCAACUUCUACCUGACUCACCUGCACGCCGAGUACUGCCGGGAAAGGGACGCGUAUCUGCCUCACAGGGUGGUCCAGGCCUGGGAGCUGCAGCAGUUCAUCCGUCACACAUCCGCAGGCGCCGAUGUGGUGGUCCUCGGUGGUGACCUCAACAUGCACCCUCAGGACCUUGGCAACCGCCUGCUGACGUCUUACACACAACUGCGGGAUGCCUACGCCGAGACCGAUAACUUUGACGGAUGUGAAGAUGGUCUGACUCUCAUUCUGGAAAAUCCUUUCAUCAGCCAGAAGGUGAUCGCUCCGUUUGAGAAAGGCAUCAGAAUCGACUACAUCCUCUUCAAGGGUUCUUGCAAAGCCGACAUCCAGUGUGUGUCCAUGCACACCACCAAAGGCUCCAUCCCAGGACAGGCUUUCCCAUACUCAGACCACGAGGCUCUGACAGCCGAGUUCACCCUCGCUCCGAGCGAGGCUGGCGGAGACUUUCGGUCGAGCAAUCGUGUUUGUGCACUAGGGGACGUGGCCAGACUGGUGGACAUAUUGACUGAAGCCCGCACUGAGGUAAAAGUGGGUGUGCACUGCGCCGAGCGGAUGCGCUACACGGCGGCCCGCAUGGCCGCUAUGGGCCUGGCCUUGCUGCUGCUGGAGCUUGCCAUUGCAGCCGUGCCCUGGCUGACGCUGGGGGCGGAGCAGGCCUUCCCGCUCAACACCUUCUACUUGCUGGUGGCACUAUGCUUGGCCAUCCUGCUGUGCACCUCGCUGCUCUACGUCUUCUACACCAUGGAGCUCAAGUCCCUGCAGGGCACCGAGGACCAGAUGAGGCUGUCAGUGGGUGGCCUUCAGGAGAAGCUGAGGGCCUUACCCCGGGCCCAGCCCACCGAGGGUGUGAAGCCCGGCAACAUGUUCUGUGCUGAGGAAUAAUGGGCUUGUUCAAAUCUUAUCCAUCCACUUUCUGUACCGCUUAUCGAUGCUUUUUCUUAACCGAAAUAGUGAAUUCUCCAUUUAACGACCUCAGUCAAAUAUUUUAACACACUUAUCAGCUCAGGACGUGUAUCAGAUCUUUCAACAGGUUUGCAGUACAGUAUAGUGAACAGCUUUAACAUUUGCAAUCGUCGACUGCAACUAUUUUCCGAGCAGAUUAGGGAGAGAAAAACAUUUCUACGUUUACAUCGCAAGUAAUUAUGCCCAACUCUUGAUUUAUUUUUAUUAAUUUUUUGUCAAAUCUGACCUUGAUAUGUACUCAUUCACAUUACAAAAACAAACACGACUUACAAUGUGAACGGAACACAUCCAUGAUGUGACACGCUUGUCCACAAAGCACAAUGCGGAGUCAUACACACAAAUAAUGGUGUCGUGUGGCACAGUGUUUACCGAAGUGAAAAUGCUCCCGCGUAUCUGCGCUUAUUUCAGAAUGACAGGUUUGAGGCAGGAAAAGUUCGAAAUAUUUUGGGAAAUGUGAUGAAAUUGCUUGAUCUCAUUUCCUGGAGAUGUCUUCUAAAGAUGAUGCAUGCAACAUAUGGAACAUUUGUGGAUGAAUUACGACCAUCACCUCAAUCAUCCACUUAAUGCUUCAUAUUUCUGGUUGGAUUAAAGUCAAAUACAAAAGUAACACUCGAAACAACCUAGUAGGUUCGCGGACUCUCCACAACCUGCACUAAGCACCUAUUUAACUUUUUAUGAACAUUGGUUGGAUGUGUACGAAUGAGCAUUCUUACUGCAGACACAUCUGAUGCAUUUAUGUCCUCAUUUUAAAGUGGCCGCGUCAAAAAAAUCUGAGUUGUACCAUUCACAUCAUGAAAAAAAUUAGACACAUGUCGCAUAUGGUAAAAAAAAAAGGGGUGCUCAAACUUUUUGGAUUGAAGAUCUACUUUUCGAUCAACUAACCUCCCGGGAUCUACCCUUACCGGCACGUGCGCGCGCCCGCACGCGCCCUGAUGAGAAACAGCCUGAAACGGAGGCAUGUGACACACUUCUGCAGCCUGUUAACUAUCGUAGCUCAGACGUACCGUUUUAUAGUGCUUCCCUGGGCCCUCCUAGAUUCCUUUUCUUUGCCCGUGCUUAUUUUUAAAUGAGACUGAUAAGAUGAUUAGGGUGCAGUAUACAUUAACACCCAAAAAAUAUAUUAUUAAUAUGUACAAAGACACACAAAUGGUUGUUUGUUUUUCUCCUCGACACUCCUCGGAUCUACUUGGGACCUGUCUUAUAUCUACCGGUAGAUCAGGAUCUACCUAAUGAGCACCCCUGCUUUAGACUAGUCAACAUGAUUUUAAUUUAGAAAAAAAUGUAAGACAUUUCUUAACAGACACACACACUGCACCAACAGGAUAAUUUUGCAAUGUCAGAUAUUCUUGUGUGUACCAGAAAUGUUUUGACACACUUUGCCAUUUUGAAAAUGUAUAAAAAAUGUUGCCACAAAAGAAAUUUGGAUGGCUAAUAUUAACAGAUUUAACAUUUGCGAUUCUCAGCGUCACCAAUUUUGAGAUAGAUCAGGCGGGAAUAAAAUGGUAUGCCACAACAAAAUCAUUCAGGAUAAUCUUUUUGAACCAUCAAACCAUUGGGCUUUUACUGAACUUGAUCAUACGGUCUCAAUUCUCUGCAAUCGUAUUAAGAUAAGAUAAGAUAUCCUUUAUUUGUCCCACAAUGGGGAAAUUUACAGCCUCCAGCAGCAAGAAUGUAUGUAGAAAGAAGAAGAGAAAAAAAAAAACAACAAACAUCUUUCAAUUAAAUACAAUAUGAACACAAAUGGAUAAAUCGCAGUAUUGAACUGGAUUAACAUUCAUGAUCAGCUUCGGCCGGUUUUAGAGCAGAUUGUGGAGAGGUAAACUCGCACCACACCCCGCUGGAUAAUUGUUAACGGGAAUGUGUACCCAGUUUUGCAAAUGUAAUAAGUAGAAAAAGUGCGGGGGGUUGUCAUGGAUGAAAAAAUGGCCUAGAGACAACCCACAACCUCCAUACAGAAAGCUAACCUUGUGAAGCCCCCUAAAUUGACCGAAAACCAUUUUGCUAUUUUAAUCUGUAAUCUUUUGCUCUUUGUGGUAACUACACUGCAUGGUGACAAUCCUAUAGCGCGAGAGGUUGUGUUUUUUAAGGCCAAUGCAAGUUUCAUUCCGCCCAGCGACCACUUCGAGGGGGGACCACAUGCAGUAUUCCCAUUACUGUUUUUUACUAGUUAUACUUGAACAUUCUCUGACUCCAUCUUACACAUUGCAAGGUGCAACUCUUUUCCAACACAUUUCACUCCCGGUGAGAAGUAAUUUUAGGAAGUACUGUGUCAGAAGAAUUUUCUCAAUGACUUUUCUACCAUAACAUAUUGUAAUGGACACUCCUUGAUUUGAGUCGUAACAUCUCUGGAUUAUAUGUGAAAAAAUUGUAAAUGUAUCAUUUCAGUUGAUCUUUAAAUUCAUCAAUGAUAGAAACCUCUUCCGAGUGUAAUAUAAACAUGGCUGGGCCAAAUCUUUCACUGCUGUUAUCUUAAUGUUUUAAGCUUUUGGGGCAUUAUGAGAAAAUGAGAUUCAUUCCAACGUACUACUGUGUUUUGCGUGAUGUUGAAAGCAAAAAAUAAAACAAUCAUGAUGGCUGA